AUGUUGUUCCCGACUAAGACCCUGCUCCUGGCAGCCAGCUUCCUGCAAGCUGCGCUCGCCCACAACAUCCAGCUUCCCGCUCACGGCCGCGAGUGUUUCCACGAGGAACUCCAUAAGGACGAUACCAUGACUGUCACAUUCCAGACCGGCGACAGGGAGUUCGGAGGCGCCGGGAACCUCGACAUUGACUUCUGGAUCACGAACCCCAUGGGCCAGCACGAAACCUUCCAGAAGGACGUCUCGAACGGCUACUUCACGUUUACGGCUCGGCACGACGGCAAGUUCCUCUACUGCUUCGGCAACGAGCACUGGGGCUCCAACAGCAAGGAGGUCUCGUUCAACGUGCACGGCGUAGUAUACGUGUCCGAAGCCGACGCCCCUCAGGACCCCUUAGAGAAAGAGAUCAAGCAACUCUCCGAACUGGUCGAGCAGGUCAGGGACGAGCAAUCGUACAUCGUCGUCCGCGAACGCACCCACCGCAACACCGCCGAGAGCACAAACAGCCGAGUCAAGUGGUGGAACUUGUUCGUUAUCGGCGUCGUGGUAGGCGAGUCUCUGUUCCAGGUCUGGUGGUUACGAAGAUUCUUCGAAGUCAAACGGGUGGUAUAG